AAGCGAGAAUUCGCGUGGUGUAUGUUUCAAACUGUCACUGUUUUUUCUUCUUCUUCUUCAACUUCUCCAAAUUCUCUGUUUAUUGCAUCUUCAAGUGCUGAACAAAAUGACGUCGUUUUUAUCUCUUCCUGUCGUUUCUCCUCGUUCCAUUCCCACGGCUUUCUCUCUGAAACGACCCUUCAUUCAGACUCCACCCACUUUGCAUUUCAAAAAUCACCGAUUUGCGGUUAGCUGCAGUUAUGCAGAAGCAGGUGUUAGUGGUGAUUCUAAAUUGUCGACUAUAGAUGUUGUGGCUGAUGUUAAAAGUGAAAGGAUUGUAGUAUUGGGAGGCAAUGGCUUUGUUGGUUCUGCCAUAUGCAAGGCAGCAGUAUCCAAGGGGAUAGAAGUCAUAAGCCUAAACAGGUCAGGACGUCCAACUUACUCAGGUUCAUGGGUAGAUCAGGUUACUUGGAUUCCAGGAGAUGUUUUUUAUGUAAACUGGGACGAAGUACUGCUUGGAGCUACUGCAGUAGUCUCGACCCUAGGAGGUUUUGGUAGCGAGGAACAAAUGAUAAAGAUUAAUGGUGAAGCUAAUGUUGUGGCUGUGAAUGCUGCAAAGGAAUAUGGAAUUCCCAAAUUCAUACUGAUCUCAGUUCAUGACUAUAACUUGCCAUCGUUUUUACUUUCAUCGGGGUACUUCACAGGAAAGAGGAAAGCAGAAUCUGAGGUUCUAUCCAAAUACCCUAAUUCAGGUAUUGUCUUAAAACCAGCUUUCAUAUAUGGGAAAAGGAGAGUGGAUGGUUUUGAGAUUCCUUUGGAUUUGGUAGGGGAGCCAGCUGAAAAAUUUCUAAAAGCAAUAGAGAAUUUCACAAAACCUUUAAGCUCACUUCCAGCUUCUGAUCUACUUUUGGCUCCACCUGUUAGUGUUGAUGAUGUUGCAUUGGCGGUUAUCAAUGGUGUCACAGAUGAUGACUUCUUUGGUGUUUUUACAAUUGACCAGAUCAAGGAAGCUGCUGAGAAAAUAAGGCUAUGAUAUGAUCCACAUACAUGUUUGUUUGGUGUCAAGCUAGAUAAAGUAGAGGCCAAAAUCUAUAAUUGCAAAUAUUACAAAGGGAGUGAAAAAAUGAGUUUGUUUUUUUCUUUGUUGAAUCUAUGCUUUAAUAAUGCAGUGUUUGGAGAUCCUCCUCUUCUUAGGGGAACAGUAAGUGGGAGGGGAAAUUAUAUUAAAAAAUAUAUUAUAUGUCAAACUAUAUAACCGAGGUGUAUAUCUUUUUUCUGUCAUAGAACUGUUAAUUUUUUUGUUUAUGAUUAGACUAUGCCUGUGUUAAGUUAUGCAACCAUCUUAUCCACUUUUUA